CCGGUCCCACCUCAGGGAUUCGUCAUGAGAUCGGGACAUACAUUCUCCACGAUUAGCUGCCAAUUUGUUCUUUUGCAACAGGUUAUGCAGCUCUCUUAGUUACAGUUUAGUAUCUAACUGGGUCUCAUUCUCAGUAUGCUGAGGUUUUUUGAGGCCCACUGAGGGUCAUUCUGUAAAAUUGCAGGUACCUGCCGUCUUCGACCACGUUUGCGUGACGUCAGGCGGCAUUGAUAUCAAGAUUGGUCUACAACUUUGUUUCCUGGCCCCGGGGCAUACAGUUAGGGACUACUGAUUGCCCACCCACGUGAGGUUGGCAGGCAUAUCGUCGCUUAUCUUUCUGCAUUAAUAUCACCAGCGACACAUUGUGUAUCGAUGGCUGGAUCAAAGAGGAUUGCGAUGGUGGCAGCAGGCAUUUUCUCGCCGUUGUGAUGGCCUUUGGCACAUAAUUUGCGUCCCAAAAUAUCUACGAUGUUUGGGUACAUAUAGAGUGCAUUCGAUGUUCUUAUUGUGCAUCGCCAACAUUUCAAAAAUGCUCUCUCAUUUUCUUUGGUGUCUGACCCUCGCGAGCUGUGCUUGCGCUCAUACUAUCUUUCAAAGGGUGUCUGUGAAUGGGAAGGACCAAGGGUACCUAAAUGGGGUUCGCGCCCCUGCCUCGAAUACUCCUGUUACCGACGUCCAAGACAAUUCCAUUACGUGCAACACUGGUCUUUACACUCCCGUCUCUACGGCCGUCAUCGACGUUCCAGCCGGUGCCCAGGUUGGCGUCCUUUCUCAUCAUAUUCUAGGGGGACCACAGUAUCCAGGAGACGCUGAUGAUCCGAUUGCUCUCAGCCACAAAGGACCCAUCCAAGUUUAUCUCGCCAAGGUACCAGAUGCAUCCAACGCUGAGACUACGGGGCUGCGGUGGUUCAAGAUUUUCUCCGAUGGUGUAGAUAGUAGUGGAAAGUGGGGCAUAGACAGGAUGAUAGCUAACAAAGGAUGGGCAAAUUUUACUAUUCCAUCGUGCAUUGAAUCCGGCGAUUACCUCAUGCGGGUUGAAGCCAUCGCUCUUCAUAGUGCUUCCAGCCUCGGAGGCGCUCAAGUCUACUUGUCGUGCGCCAAUAUCAAGGUUAGCGGGGGGAGUGGAACAAAUAGCGGAUUCAAUAUCCUCAAUUUUCCUGGCGCAUACACGGCGGACGAUCCAGGCAUCCACAUCAAUAUAUACGAUAACAAUGGGCAGCCUACCAAUGGGGGCAGAUCGUAUGUAGCGCCGGGCGGUUCUGUUCUUUCGUGUGGCGGUUCUGGAAAAACCACUUACGGGAAUCCGGGGAAGAGCACUAGCAGGACCCGUAUGACGACGACGACAUCCUCCACCCCUUUAGCGAAGGAUACGUCAGUUACUACUUCUACCACAAGUUCCACCUCCACGACUUCAACCAGAACGUCAUCCCCUGUUGCUCCUUCCGAAUCAUGCAGCGAAUCCGGGUCUGUACCUCUGUAUGGACAAUGCGGUAAGAUGAUGCCAUUUUUCACUCACACACAAAUGUCUCUCCCACUGACAACUCAUUAUUCUCACAGGUGGGCAAGCAUACACGGGUAGGUUUUGAGAAUCUUGAUUACUAAGAAAGCUUGACUCAUAUUAUACGUUCAAGGCUCGACAUUUUGUGCAGUUGGUACUUGCAGGGACUGGAACCCGUGGUACAGUCAAUGCGUUCUUUAAACAUCUUUUCUGGAACCAUG